AUGGCAGGGAACAACAGCUCGGUGCUGGGUCUGGGAUGGGGCUGGAUGGGGCUGGCAGAAGGCUCCGGUGGCGGUGGUGGUGGUGGUGGAGGGGGGUCCGGGGGCGGUGUGUGCGGAGUGGCCCUGGAAGAGGCCCUGGAGACGGGCAACCUGUCGCUGCGCUGCUGGCUGCAGCUCCUCUCCCAGGAGAGCUCCGGGGAGCUGGCGAGCGGUGGGGUCGGAGGUCUUCUAGGGGUGCGGGUGGUGGUGGCGCUGGUCUACCUGGUGGUGUGUGCCCUGGGGCUCGUGGGUAAUCUGCUGGCGCUUUACCUGCUGCGCUCGCGCCACCGCCUCAAGCACUCGGCCAUCGACUGCUUCGUGAUGGCGCUGGCCGUCACCGACCUGCAGUUCGUGCUGACGCUGCCCUUCUGGGCCGUGGACACCGCGCUCGACUUCCGCUGGCCCUUCGGACGCUUCAUGUGCAAACUGGUGAGCUCGGUGACGACCCUGAACAUGUACGCCAGCGUGCUGUUCCUGACGGCCAUGGCGGUGGCCCGCUACUGCUCGCUGGCGUCGGCGCUGAAGAUGCACUCCCCACGCGCCGCCGUGGCGGAGGUGCGCUGGGCCAGCCUGGGCAUCUGGGCCGUGUCGCUCGUGGCUACGCUGCCGCACGCCGUCUACUCCACCACCGCACAGGUGUCAGAUGAUGAGCUGUGCCUGGUGCGUUUCCCUGAGUCUGGCCGCUGGGACCCUCAGCUGCUACUGGGCCUGUACCAGACGCAGAAGGUGCUGCUGGGCUUCGUCUUCCCGCUGGCCGUCAUCACCAUCUGCUACCUCCUGCUGCUGCGCUUCCUGGUGCGCCGCCGCAGUGUGGCCGGCCUGCCACCGGGAGGCGUAGGAGUCAGCGGAGGAGGAGGAGGAGGAGGAGGAGGAGGAGGAGGGUCUCACCUUCGUCAGCGCCGCCACUCGCGCGUCACGCGCUCCGUCAUGGUGGUGGUCCUGUCGUUCUUCGUGUGCUGGCUGCCCAACCAGGCGCUGACGCUCUGGGGUGUGCUCAUCAAGUUCGACCUGGUGCCCUUCAGCAAGGCCUUCUUCAACGCACAGGCCUAUGCCUUCCCACUGACCGUGUGCCUGGCGCACACCAACAGCUGCCUGAACCCCGUGCUGUACUGCCUGGUGCGCAGCGAGUACCGCGCCGGCCUCAAGGAGCUGCUGCUCAGGGCCACGCCCUCCCUCUGUAGCCUGGCCAAUCAGGUGCAGUGCCGGGGCAAGAAGGUGGCAGAGGCCCCGUCCCCAAGGCCAGCGGGAGGCGAGGUGCCCCACCGGACACGCCCAAGCGAGCCGUGGUAA